AUGGCCGAGAUGCUUGAGACUGCAUGGGUUCUCGGCCACGGAACUUCAACGUAUGACGGAUUCGGUCUCGCAUGGUCUAUAUCCGAGUUUAUUGCAUCCUACGCAGAGCUUCCUCACGUGAAAAACCUCCACGUCGUAGCUCAUGUGAACCAAGAAGAUGCAUCUACGCCACGCGAGAGAGAUAUCACGCUCUUGUACAAGGUCGAACCAGGCGUCUCGGACCAAAGCUUCGGCAUCCACCUCGCAAAACGGAAAUCUGAUGAACUAGAAGAUUUCGCGACUGGACAACAAUCAGAACCCGAGCAUUCGGAUGAAGUCACCGAGGAGGGCAUUCAAAUCAUCGAGGACUCACUGAAAAAACGGCGAGUCUCCAGCUGA